CAUGUGCAACGACUACGAAGACCUCGUCGUGACCAACCCUGGCGCCUGCUGCGAGGAAUUCGCCUGCCGCUGCAAUCCCAACAAGUGUCCCCUGCCCGCCGUGUGCGCGCUGAACCAGCGUCGCGUGCGCGUCAACAACGACACUGAGUGCUGCGCCGUCUACAAGUGCGAGUCCCCAGCUUGUGUGAGCGCUGGACUGACCUAUCAGGUGGGUGCACGUAUUGAAUUAUAUUUUACUCAAUCACAGUAACAAGAAUUGUACCAAGCUGCCUUCUUCUCGAGUUCUCCAGCAUGACAGCAAGUUCCUGGUUCAGGUUCCCUCCAUCCUGUCCGAUCUUGCACUUCCUUCAUUCAGCGAUAAGCAUUCCCAUUCUUCUCAUUAUCCAGCACUAGAGGGCUACAGUUCACCACAAUGUGACCAAAAACAUUUCCAUUAUUCCACACAUCAUGACCCCUAAUCACGACAAUUCAUUGCAUCUCUUAC